UCAAAUUUUGAAUGGUAUAUUGCAGUCUUGGUAGAUCUUACUCAUGUAGCUGGUGUUAAUGUUGGUGAACUACUAACAACACAAAUAAUGGAUGUUGGUGUUCGUGUCAAGAGUGUACGGCAAUAUUGUGUAAAAGCAAUGCAAAGGUUGCUCUCGGAUUCUAGUCUUUUGGAAAAUUCUAAAUUUUCAGAAUCUAAUACUGAAGUGCUUUAUGCUGCUGCUUGGAUAACGGGAGAAUAUUGCAGUUACCUGGAAACGCCAACUGAUACCAUUGGAUAUCUUAUUCAGCCUGGUGUCACAAAGCUUUCGCAUAAUGUUCAAGCUGUUUAUAUUCAAACUAUUUUGAAAAUAUAUGCACAGUGGGCAAACGGUUUGACUUAUAACUGGGAUGAGGAUUCAAAACAGGAAUUAUUGCGGUUUACAGAAAUGAUAAAAGAUAAAAUCUCAAUAUUUUGUUCUAGUACCGAUUUGGAAGUUCAGGAGAGGGCGUACAAUGCACGGGAGAUAUUUUCAAUAAUCCAUCAAAAUUUGACUAUGACACCAGAAAAUUCGUUUGAUAUUAAAAAUGAUAUAUAUGCCUCAACCAAUAAAUCUCCUGACGUCAUCCCUGAACUUUAUUCGCUUUUUUUUUCUUAUGAGCUUAACCCCGUGGCUCCUAAAGCACAAAAAAAGGUGCCUGUUCCUGAUGGAUUAGACUUAGAUGCAUGGAUUAAUGAACCGUUACCUGAAUCAGAAAACAAUGAGAGUGAAGAGGAGGAAGAAAGUUAUGGGUAUGGAUAUACUCAAAAGUUUGGUGGGAGUGGUGAUUUGAUAUUUUCUAGUGGUAGUGGUACAGCAAUUGGAAGGCGUCGCGGUAGAAAAUCAAGUAAAAAAAAGUAUGACAGUGAAGAAGAUGAGGAAAUUAAGGAAAAGCGUCGUAAAGAACGUAUUGAGCGUAUCAAGAAUGAUCCAUUUUACAUUAGUAGUACAGGAAAAGAUCUAUUGAAAAAUUCAGAAGAAAUUGACGUGGAUUCUAUACCAGUAGUUCGUUUAACAAUGGAUGAAUUUAACUUUAAAAGUAAUGAUUACAAUAGUCUCAUUCACAUUACUUUUAAUGUCAAUGGCAAAAAAAAUAAUCCAUCGAAAAAAGAAGACCGACAUUCACCGCCACUUGCCCCACCGGUUAUUUAUACUGACAUUGGUGAGAUGCCAGAGAAUGCUACUAUAUCUGAUGAAGAAAAGGAUACUACAAAGACCAGCUAUAAUAAUAAUCCUUGGAAUACAAUAUCAAGCAAAACUGGUAUUUUGGAUGUAGAUUUUUCUGGUGUAUCAAAUGUAGACCUGUCAACACCAUUAGGAAAAGAUGAGAAAUUUCCACAGGCUGCAGUUUAUCUUGCACCCGAGGAGGUUCGAAGGCGAGAAGAGGAAAGGAUAAGACGAAGAAUUGAAGAAAGACGAAUCAAGCAAGUACAAGAAAGUACAUCUCGGACUAAAAAAAACAAGGACGAGAAACAAAAGACGAAAGUCUCUUUGGAGGUUACACCAAAAGCAAAAAGUGCAGAAAAUCAUGGUGAACAAUCUUCUAAAUCCAAGAAGGCACCCAAGAAAAAACGAGUCGAAGAGACUGAUGAUCGAAAGAAAAAAGGAAAGAAGGACAAAGGAAAGAAUUUAACAUCUGAUGGUGCCACAUCAGAACAUAAUAAUGUAGUUGUAGAACCGCAUCUAAUUAGCACUGUCCCAAUCAAAUUGGUGGAUUCAGACGAUAUUCAACUUUAUACGUUAAGAUUAGGUUCUUCUACAGAAGUCAAAAAUGAACCUCCUAUAAUGGUUGCGGAUUUCACUGUUCGCAAUAAUUGUUCAUACAAAUAUCCCCUUUCUAAAUUGGCAUUUGCUUUUGAAUCAACAUCAGACAUACAAUUUGACAAAGCAUUAAUAGAAAUAGGUGAAUUACAACAUGACGAACAGAAAAGCGUGACUAUAGAAUUUAAAGUCAUGGGAAUUGUUGGCGCGGAAGAGUUUAAGUCGUGUGUUUCCAAAACAGCAGACUUUCCAUUUACUGGAUCAACGUCUAUACGCCUAGAUGCUUCAACUAAUUUAAUUGAACAAUCUUUCCAAAACGAUGUGAUACGAUUAAUAUCAAUGGCAACUGGAACACAUAUUGUUGAGCAAAUCCCAGGUGCUAUAACAAUGUAUGGUAGGAGUGUACAAGGAUAUCAAGUUGCUGGGUUAGCAAAAUUAACUGUUGAAAAAAAUUUAGUGGUAGAAGAAAUUGAUAUACCUGGCAGCGCUCAAAAUACAGGAGUUCGCAUUGAACUUAAAUGCACAGACCAGGCAUUCGUUGAUG